AUGAUUAAGUCAUACCAAUUAAUUUGUCAUGAAAGUGAACAAUUAAAACUUGAUGUUGAAUUAUCACAUCCAAAUAUUCCUGGUUGUCGUUUUAUUAAAGAUGAUAUAAGUACUCCGAUACGAAAAGAUAAACGAACACGUAUUACUACAGAUGGUACACAUUAUACACUUAUCAUCGAUAAUGUUUUACCUGUAGGUGAUAGUGGUACUUAUGAAUUCUUAGGUCCAAAUGAUACAUUACGAUCAACAUGUAAAGUUACUGUUAAACCAUUACCAAGUAAAAUAACUCAACCAUUAAAAGAUGUUACUUUACAAGAAAAUCAAAAUUUAUCUCUUGAAGCACGUGUUGAUAAUGAACAUGCACCAGUAACUUGGUUUGUUAAUGGAAAAGAAAUACCAGCUGGUGGUGAUGCACCACAUAUAACAAUCAUGUCAAAAGGACGACGUCAUACAUUAGUUGUACAAAAAGUAAAUGCUAAACAAGAUGCUGGACAAUAUGAAAUUCGUACACCCGAUGAUGCUAGUUCAUGUCAAGUUACAAUUGAAGAAGCUGGUACACCACCAGCUGAUUUUACAAAAAAAUUACAAAAUAUUGAAACAGAAGAAUUUCAAACAAUUGAAUUUAAAUGUGAAACAAAUCGAGAUAAUCUACCUGUUGAAUGGUUUAAAGAUAGUAAAUUAAUUGAAGCAAAUGAACAUUAUAAAUUUGAAAAUAAUGGAAAAAUUCAUGUAUUAAUUAUAACUAAUGUUUCAAUUAAUGAUCAAGGUUCAUAUACAUGUCAAAUUAAAUCAAAUGGAAAAACAACAACAGCUACAUUAAAAGUUAAAGAAAUACCAGCCGAUUUUGUUCAUAAAAUUGAACCUAUUGAUGCAAUAACUGGUGAUACAGUUUCAUUUGACUGUGAAUUAAAUAAACCCAAUAUGAAAGUAAAAUGGUUAAAAGAUAAUAAACCAUUAACAAUGAAUGAUCGUAUACAAUCAUCAAUUGAUUCUGAAAAUCCUCAUAUACAUUUAUUAACAUUAAAAACACUUGAAAUAAAAGAUGCUGCAACAUAUACAUGUGUUAUUGAUCAACCUGUAUCAAAGAAAUGUUCAGCACCAUUAACAGUUAAAUCUAUAACAGUAAAAUUAACUGAACCAUUAAAAGAUGUAUCAUUAACUGAAAAUGAUGAUCUUGUACUUAAAUUUGUUGUAUCACAUGAGUUAAAACAAAUACCAGUUAUAUGGAAAUUAGAUAAUAAACCAAUUAAAGCAGAUAAUGAUCGUAUACAAAUUGAACAAGAUGGUAAAUCACAUUUUCUAACAAUAAAACAAAUUCAAUUAAAUGAACAAGGUUCAUAUACAGUAGAAAUUCCAACACAUAAAAUUCAAACAUCAUGUCAAGUUAAAGUUAAACCAGAAGAAAUUAGAAUUCUUAAAGAUUUACAUAUUGUUCCUGAUGAUGAACAACCAGAUAAUCUUAUUCUUGAAAUUCAAUUAAAUAAACCAUUACCAACUGAUAUAGUUCUUCUUAAAAAUAGUUUAAAACCAACAAGAAAAAUUCCUGUUGAAAAUUUUAAUAAUGGAACAUAUCGAUUUUUAUUAGAAAAUGUUACACCAAAUGAUUCUGGUUUAUAUGAAAUUCCACUUGGACCAGAUCUUAAAAGUUCAUUACAAGUCAAUAUUGAACCAAAAGAAAAAAUAGAUUUAGAUUUUUCAAUACCAUUAAAAGAUAAAAUUGAAAUUGAUGAAAAUGAACCAAUUCAUCUUGAAGCUAAAUUAAAUCGUCAACCUGAUUCACCUAAUGAUAUUGUAUGGUUACGUAAUGGUAAACCUAUUCCAUCAACAAUACCAACUUCAAUUAAUAAAGAUUUUUCAAUAACAUUAGAUAUACCAAAAGCAAAUAUUGAAAAUGAUACAGGAAAAUAUACAAUUAAAUUACCAAAUGGUAAACAAUGUUCAACACAAGUUAAUAUAUUAAGAAAACCAACACAAAAAGAUAAAAAUGAAAUUGUUCAACCAUUACAUAUUAUACUUGAUGAAAAUCAAACUGAAUUAAAAUUAAAUGAAAAAGUAACAUUAAGAUGUAAAACAUCAUUACCAGUUAAAAAUGUUGAAUGGUAUAAAGGUGAACGAAAAGUUUCAACACGUCGUGCAAAUAUUUCAAGUACAGAAAAUGCUACUCAACAUGAUUUAGUUUUAUCAAAAUUGGAAACUGAUGAUUUAGGACAAUAUCGUAUUGUACUUGAUUCUGAUCUUGAAUCAUCAAUUGAUUUAAAUAUUUUACAAGAACUUAGUCCAAUACGUUGUCAAGGUGAACCAAUUGAAGGUCAAACAAUAACAUUAAUAUGUGAAACAACACUUCCACCAAAACAAAUUCAAUGGUCACCUAUUGUUGAUAAAAAACGUUAUGAUCAACAAGAGUUAUCAUUAAAAAUAAAAAAUUUAAAUAUUGAACAAGAUUCAAAAGUUUUUACAAUUACUGUCGAUGGACAAAAACAAUCUUAUGAAUUAAUUGUUAAACCAUUACCAGUUAAAUUUCAAGGAAUUAUUGAAUUAAAUCCAAAACAACCUAAAGAAGAUGAUACUGUUACAUGUACAGUUACAUUAAAUAAACCAUUAAAAGAUCAAGUAUUAGAUUGGUAUUUAAAUGGUGAACUAAUUAUUCCAAAUGAUCGUUUUACUAUAUCAACUGAUGGUUUACGUUCAAUAUUAACAAUUAAAAAGAUUCGUCCACAAGAUUCAGGAUUAUUAGAAUGUCAUAUACCAUUUUCAGAUGAAAAAUUAUCAACAGAAUUGAAAGUUAAAGAAAAACCAUUGACUAUAUUAAAACCUUUAACAUCUGAUAAAGAUAAACCAAUGGAAGGUGAUGAUGUUACAUUAUCAUGUCAAUUUUCAAGAAAACCAAAAACUAUUGAAGUUUAUAAAGAUGGAAAACCAAUUGAUGUUGAACAAGAAUUAAAUGAUAUAGAUGCAACAUUUAAAAUAAAAUUACCUAAAACAAAACCAAAUGAUAAAGGAAAAUAUACAGUUAUUGGUGAUGGAGUUGAAACUUCAUAUACAUUAAGAUUAACACCAAAUCCAAUUAAAUUUGUUAAACCAUUAAAAUGGGAUAAAGAAUCACCACAUGAAGGUGAAACUGUUCAAGCUACAUUUACAUUAAAUCGAUUACCAGAUAAACCAAUUCAAUGGCUUAAAGGCAAAGUUACUCUUCCAACAACUUCAACACCUAAAUAUGAAUAUUCACAAAUAGAUUGUACAUUUACUUUAACAAUACCUUCAGUUGAAUUAAAAGAUGCUGAUACUUAUACAGUUAAACUUCCUGAUGAUACACAAUCAUCAGCUCGUUUAAAAGUUCUUGAAACACCAGUUAAAGUUCUUGUACCAUUAACACUUCAACCAAGUGAACCAAUACUUGGUAAUGAAUUUACAUUAUCGAUAACAUUAAGUCGUGAUGUUAAAACAAAUGCUAAAUGGUUAAAAGCUGGUAAAGAUUUAUCAACAAAACGUGAUCCAAGAAUAUCAUUUACACAAGAACCUGAUACUGACAAUCAAGGUGUACGAUAUAUAAUGACAAUUCGUGAUUCUAAACCUGAAGAUGAUGGUACAUAUCGUUUUGAAGUUGAAUCAACUAAUAUAAGUGAAUCAAAACUUGUUCAAUUAACUGAACCAAAGAUUCUUAUUGUUAAAUGUGAUGAAAAAUUAAUUGGUAAAAUAGGUUCAUCAAUAACAUUAACAUGUGAAUUAAAUUUACCACAAGGUCAUGUUAUUUGGUAUCAUGAUGGUAUUAAAUUAGCAUCAUCUGAUUCUAUACCAUCAAAAUCAACUGGUUUAACAAUUAAAAAUACAGAUGUUAUUAGAACAUUAACAAUAAAUUCAUUGAAAAAAGAUGAUUUUGGUUCAUAUGUUGUUAAAACAAAAGAUGAUAAACGUGAAAUACAAAUUGUUCAACAAACAGAUGAUGAUCAAUUAAAAGUACUUGAACAUCCACCUAAAUUACUUGAUCUUGAUCAAGGUGAUGAAUUAAUACUUUCAAUUGUUACAAAUCGUAAAUGUACAAUUGAAUUUUAUAAAAAUAAUAAAUUAUUAGAAACAACUGAACAUUUUGAUAAAGAUAAAUCAAGAUAUACAGUUACAUUUAAAAUAUCAAAAGUUGAUUUUAAUGAUGCUGGAAUAUAUAAAUCAAUUAUAAAAGAUACGAAAUAUGAAUAUCAAACAGAAAUAUUAGUUCAUGAUCCAUAUCAACGACAAAAAACAGAUGUUUUAGAAUCUGAAUUACCAUUAUUAUUUAUUAAAAAAUUAGAAGAUCUAAAAGUUAAUGAAGGUGAACAAGUUAUACUUGAUUGUCAAUUAAAUCGUGCACCUAAAACAGCACCAAUAUGGUAUCGUGAUGGAAAAGAAAUUACACCAAAUGAUAAUAUUGAAAUUAUUCAAGAAGAUACAAAAUUAAAAUUAAAAAUACCUAAAGCAACAAUUAAUGAUCAAGCUGAAUAUACUCUUCAUGUUGAAAAUUUACGUGGACAUGCAUUUAUUGAUCUAUCAGGUGAUCGUGUUUGGUUUACACAAAAACUUUUUGAUACAGUCAUUAAAGUUGGUUCACCAAUUGUUCUUGAAUGUAAAUUAUCAAUACCAGAUACACCAAUAACAUGGAAACGAGAUGGUCAAAUACUCAGUUCUGAUCUUUCACGUGUUGAUGGUCAUUUACAUACACUUCGUAUUCCAUCAGCUGAACUUGAUCAUAGUGGAAAAUAUUCUGCUCAUUAUAAUAAUGAAAUUGAUACAUCAUGUACAGUAUCUGUUCAAACUGAACCAGUUUUUGCACGAGAAUUACCACCAGAAAUAAUACUUAAAGUUGGUUCAAAUCUUUUACUUGAUGUUGAAACAACACGUCCAAAUAAAACUGUUCAAUGGUAUCGUAAUGGUAAAUUAAUACCAAAAGCUGGUGAUGCACGUCAUCGUUUUCUUGAUGAUAAAUAUGUUCAUUCAUUAAAACUUCCAAAAGUAACACAACAAGAUGAUGAUGAAACAUUAUUUGAAUGUGAAUGUGAUAAUGUUCGAACAAAAUGUCGUGUUUAUGUACAAACAGAACCAUUAGUCUUUUAUAAAGAUCUUAAAGAUAUUAAAUAUGAUUUAGAUGAUCGUCUUGUAUUUACUGUUCGUAUGAAUAAACGUCCAUCAGAUAAUUCACGUUGGUUACAUAAUGGACAACCAAUUAAAACAUCAGAUCGUAUACAAAUAACUUAUGAUGAUACUGAACAAGAAGCAAAAUUAAUUAUAAAUAAUGCUGAUGAAAAUGAUCAAGGAAAAUACAUGUAUGAUGCUGUUGAAGCACGUACAAGUUGUACAGCUGAUUUAAAAUUAACUAAACUUGAAUUUGUACAAGAAUUAAGAAAUCGUUCAGUUAAACAAGAUCAACCAGUACAAUUUGAAUGUGAAUUAAAUAAAAUUCCAACAAAAGUUACUUGGUUAUUAAAUGGAGAAAUUAUUGAAAGUGAUGGUGUAACAUAUGAAUUAACAACAUCACCUGGACGAAAGAAAUAUAUAUUAAAAAUAAAACAAGCACAAUUAUCACAUUCUGGAAAUGUAACUGUUAGAGUUGAUGAUGAAAUUGAAUCAACUGCAACACUUGAAGUUAAACCAAUUCCAAUUGAAUUUGUGAAAAGUUUAACAGGUGCAAGAGUUAAUGAAGAUGAUACAGUUCAUUUUAUUUGUGAAUUAAAUAAACCAAAUAUACAUGUUAAAUGGUUUCUUGAUGGAGAACCAAUUCCACAUGAUGAACAUUUUGAAGUACAAGCUAAAGGACCUGUACAUACAUUAACUAUUCGUAAAGUUGCUUGGAAUGAAGGUGGAGAAUAUAAAUGUGUAGCUGAUGGUGGUGCAAAAACAAGUGCUACAUUAAUUGUUAAAGCUAUUCCUGUAACAUUUACAAAACCUCUUCAAGAUCGUACUUGCAGUUUUGGUGAAUCUGUAGAAUUCACUUGUGAAACAUCAAAACCAUGUCGUGUUGAAUGGUUUCUUGGUGAUAAACGUCUUUCAUCACAACAAUAUGAUAUACAAUCAAUUGAUACUAAACAUACACUUCGUAUACCUAAAGCUAAAUUAUCAGAUAAAGGAUGGUAUAAAUGUGCUGUACAAGAUGCAUUCACUGAAGCCAAAUUAACUGUUAUUGAUAAACCAGUUGAAUUAAUUGAACCAUUAGAAGAUCUUAGUGUACAAGAAAAUGAAAGCGCAACAUUAGUUUGUCAAUUAUCAAAACCUGAUAUGGAUGUUGUGUGGUACCAUAAUGAUCGACGAAUAUUUUUUACACCACAAUCACGUAUACGUGCUAAACAAGUUGAUUGUUAUUACAAAUUAUUAUUAGAUGAUAUUGAAUAUGAUGAUAAAGGUUUCUAUGAAAUGCGUUGUGAACAUAUAAAAACAUCAUGUCAAUUAACAGUUAAAAAAUUAGAAACAACAUUUCUUGAUCAUUUAAAAAAUAUACAUGUUCAAGAAGGGGAUACAGCUCGUUUUCAAUGUCGUUUAUCAAAAAUAAGUUCAAAUGUUCAAUGGUUUAAAGAUGGUGUAAGAAUUUCACCAAGUGAACGUGUUGUUUAUUCAAUAAAAGGUGAUCUUUUAUCAUUAACUAUUCAUAAUGCACAAAUUGAAGAUCAAGGAAAUUAUCGUUGUGUAGUUGAUAGUCAACAUACAGAUGGAACAUUAACUGUUGAACCAUUACCAGCUGUAUUCAUUAAAUAUUUACCUAAAACAUGGACUGUAUAUGGUGAACAACCAUUAGAAUUAUCAUGUCAAUUAUCAAAACCUAAUGUUCGAGUUACUUGGUUAAGAGAUGGAGCACCAGUUGGUGAUAAAACUCAAAUAAGAAAUGAAGGUUUAAGAUAUAGUCUUUAUAUUCCACAUGGUAUUCUACCUGGACGAUAUACAAUUCGUCUUGAUGAUGCUGAUGGACAAGAAAGUAGUUGUCAAGUAUCCGUUGAAGAUUUAGCUGAAAAUGAACGAAAGAAACCACGUAUUAUUCGUGGACUUCAAGAUUUAACUUUACAAGAAGGUGAAUCACUUGAUCUUGAAUGUCAAUUUGAAGGUGAUGAUGUUGAAGCAAUAUGGUUUUUUGAUAAUGUUAAGUUACGUUCAAAUGUUUUUACAACAAUUAAUUUUAAACCAAAUGAAUUAGCACAAUUAAUUAUGAAAGAAGUUUAUCUUGAAGAUGCUGGUUUAUAUAAAUUACGUUUAAGAAAUAAAUAUGGUGAAGUAUCAACAUCAUGUACACUUUCUGUUCGUCAACGUCAACCUUCGGCAGAUCAACAACGAAUAAGUGUUGAAGAUUUACCACCUAAAUUUAUUGAACCAAUAUCUGAUGUUUAUGUACAUGAAGGACAAGAAGCUAAUUUUCGUGCAAUUAUAACUGGUCAACCAGCACCGAAAGUAACUUGGUAUUGUAAUUAUAAAAAGAUUACGAAUAAUGAAAAAUAUCGUGUUACUCAAGAUAAUGACGUUUAUCUAUUAGCUAUAUCACAUGUUAAUGAAGGUGAUGAAUGUGAAUAUACAUGUAAAGCUGAAAAUUCAGCUGGAGAAAAAACUUGUUCUGCAAAUUUACAUCUUAUUGAAACGCCUGCUGGUUCAAGACCACAACCAACUGAAGAAAUUGCUCCAUCAUUUAUUCGUAAACUUCGAAAUUGUACAGUCAUUGAAGGACAACGUGCUAAAUUUGAUUGUUUUAUAACUGGUCAACCAAAUCCAACAAUACGUUGGUUACAUAAUGGUGUACCAUUAGAUGUUGAUUCUAAUAUAAGAAAAUAUUCUUCACAAUUACAAUCAAAUGGUAAAGUAACAUUAACUAUUGAAGAUUGUUUACAAGAAGAUGCUGGUGAAAUAACAAUUAUUGUUGAAAAUCGUGCCGGUUCAACUCAAUGUUCAGCAGAAUUAACUGUUGAACCUCAUCAUGAAUCAAGCCGUUUGAAACGUCGUGUAAGUUUUGAUGUACCAGAAUCAGCAUCACCAACAAGUAAACAAGGUGCAAUACCAUUACCACCAGCACGAUUAUUAUUAACACCUCAUUCAAAAUCAAGUUUGAAUUUAAGUUGGGAUCAUUCACCAUCACAUAAUCGAACACAACCAUGUACUUAUAUUGUUGAAGUACGAGAUCCAAAAACUUAUUCAUGGGCAACAUAUGUCUCUUCAUUACCAGAUACAAGUGUUCAAUUACGUGGUCUUAAUUUAAAUCAUAUUUAUGCUAUUAGGGUUCGUGCUGAAAAUGCAUUUGGUGUUAGUGAUCCAUCACAACCAGUAACAAGUCGUCUUUUAACUCGAACUGAUGAACCACACGUAGAAACUGAACAAGAACCAAUAAGUAAAACAAAACGACCAUAUACUUCUGUACUUGAUGAAUAUGGUGGUACUCGGCCUUCACUACAAGUUGAUGGUCCUGAUAUUCAGUAUUUUCUUGAAGGUCAAAAUGCUCGUAUCACAAUGUUACUCGCUGGUUAUCCAAUACCUGAUGUAACUUGGUAUCAUGAUGGUGAAAGAAUUCCAUUAGAUGAUGGACGUAUUAAAUUAUAUAAUGAUCGUCGUGGUUAUGCAUAUCUUUCAAUUGAUUCUGCUUUAGCAUCUGAUGAAGGUGCAUAUGAAAUAGUUGCUGAAAAUAAAUAUGGUACAGCACGUCAUACAGUUUAUUUAUAUCUUGCCGAUCCACCAAUGUUUCUUGAACCAUUAAAAGAUACGCGUUGUCGUACACAUGAUACAUUUCGUCUUGAAUGUAAAGUUGAUGGUAUACCAUAUCCUGAAGUACGUUUUUAUAAAGAUUGGCGUUUAUUAACUGAUUCAUAUCGUACACGUAUACGACAUAUUGAACCUGAUAUAUGGCAAUUAACAAUCUAUGGUGCUAUUGAAAAAGAUACUGGUCUAUAUACAUGUACAGCAAAAAAUAUAGCUGGUGCAACAUUAUCAUCAGCAAAUGUAACUGUUGAAGAUAAUCUUUUAAGUAUUCCAAGACCAGAUUUAGAAAGACCAAUAUUGACAUUUAAAAAGAAAAGAUUUGAUGAAGAUUAUGAUAUACUUGAAAGAAUUGAACAUGGACCAAUAUCAUCUAUAUAUCGAGUUAUUGAACGUAGAACAGCUAAAGAGCGUAUUGCUAAAGUUGUUCAUAAUCCAAAAUAUUUUGAUUGGCUUAGACGUGAAAUGGAUAUUUUAUCACAUUUACAUGAUCCAAGUAUUCCACAUUUACAUGACGCUUAUGAAACAGAUAAAAUGCUUGCUAUUGUACUUGAUAAUGUUCAUGGAAAUGAUCUUCUUGAAAAUUUAUUAAAUCGUCGAACAUAUACUGAACGUGAUGCAGCUUUAAUAAUACGUAAUCUUGUUGAUACACUUAAACAUUUGCAUUCCAGAAAUAUUGCUCAUCUUGAUAUCAAACCGGAUAAUGUUUAUAUUGAUGAUCGUCAUGAUCCAAUACGUGUACAAUUAUUAGGUUUUACAAAUGCACGUCAUUUAACAGGUGCAUCAAAUGUUUAUUCUGAUUAUGGUACACCAGAAUAUGUUGCACCAGAAAUUAUUCAUCGUAAUCCAAUAUCACUUAAUACGGAUAUGUGGAACGUUGGUGUUCUUACUUAUUUAUUACUUAGUGGUCGAACACCAUUUACUGGUUCAAAUGAUUUUGAAACAUUACAAAAUAUUCGUAAUGGACAAUGGACAUUUGAUGAUCGUUUUGCAAAUAUAUCACCUGAUGCUAAAGAUUUUAUUUCACGUUUACUUAUACCUGAUCAACAAAAUCGUUUAACAUCUGAACAAGCAUUAAAUCAUCCAUGGCUUAAAUUUGUAUUACAACAUGUUGAUACAACACCAAUUUCAUCUGAUCGUUUACAAGGAGCUUUUUCACGACAACUUUAUGAUCGUGAACAUCGACGUACAUCAACAAGACCAUUACCAACAAUAAGUGAAAUAAAUUCAAUGAAAGGUGAUACUGGUUAUGGUGAUGAACGAGAAACAAUAUAUGAUGAUAGACAUAUUCGAGCAAGAGCUCGACGAACAUCAAGAGAAGUAUCAUUUGAUGAACAUGAAUAUACGCUUCGUCGUCGACCAUCAUCAGCUGAUGAUGAAAAUUUAACACCUGGUUCUUAUCUACUUCCAAUGGCUGAUGUUGAUUUUGCUAUUCGUAUGCGUAGUUAUCGUCGAACAAGUUAUAAAAAUCGUUAUGCUUCAUCAGAAUAUCUUUAUGCACCACCAGUUGCACCCGUUGAACGUCUUCUUGCUCGUGAUACAGUUAAAGAACGUCUUCAUGUUGAUGCUCAAGGACGACGACGUCGAGGAUGUUCAGCUGUACCUCAUAGUGGUUGUUCUUUGCCACGUGAAUCCAGUGCACAACCAAGUGGUACAAGAGGAAUAUCUACAACACCAUCAUUUUAUGCACCAUAUGGACGAACAAGUGAAUCACCAGCACAUGGUUAUGGUUUAACAGCAAAAUAUUCAAGUACAUCACGUUUAUCACCAUUUCCUGGUGGUACAGCACAUGCACCAAGUAUUCCACGAGAAUUUCAAGCACAAGGUUUUACACAAGAACAACGUGCAACUAGAGGAGAAGGUUUUGCUGCUGUAUUUAAAGAGAAAUUAGUUGAUACAUCAUUUUUAAUUGGUGGUACUGUUAUAUUAAGAUGUAAACUUCAAGGAAAUCCAUUUCCACGUAUAUUUUGGUAUCGAAAUGAUGAAUUUAUAAUUGAAGAUGAUCGAAUACAAUUUGCUCAAGGUGAAGAUGGUCUAUGUACAUUAACAAUAACACAUUGUAAAGCAAGUGAUAUUGGUAUUUAUCGUUGUGUUGCUAGAAAUCUAUAUGGUGAUGCUUCAUGUAAAGCACGAUUAUUAAUUGGAGAUGUACCUGAUCGUCCACAACGUCCAAUUGUAAUUGAUAUAUCUGCAACAGACGCUUAUCUUGUAUGGAGUUCACCAUUAUAUGAUGGUAAUAAUGAAAUAAAUGGUUUUCGUGUUGAUUAUAAAGCACGUGAAGAUCUUAAAUGGACACAAUCAACAUUUACAAUUGAAGAAUCAGCAUUAAUACAUGAUUUAAAACCAUCAACACAUUAUCGUUUUCGUGUAUCAUGUAUUAAUCGUAUGGGUAUAUCAGCAUAUUCAUGGGCAUCAGAAGAAGUUCGUACACUUGAUGAAGAUGCAGAAAAUAAAAUUUUAUUAACAAAAAUUGAUCGACAAUCAACAUAUCGUUUACUUGAACAUCAACAUCGUUUAGAUGAAAAAUCUCCAAUAACAAUUGAACAUAUUUUACAAGAUUAUGAUAAACAAGAUAAAAUGAAAUCAUUAGGUGAAAAAACUGUUUUAAAACGUGAUCAAAAUCCAUGGGAUUUAUAUAAAUUAAUUGAUGAAAUAAGUAGUUAUGGUCGUAAAUGUAUAAUACGUUGUUCAGAACGUGCAACAGAUAGUAUACGUAUAGUUAAAAUUGUUGAUAAACAAGAUAAGGAAACUGAAGAAUUUCAUUUAUUAAAUCUUAUAUCACAUGAACAUAUAACAACAAUGUUAGAUGCAUUUUUAUGGAAAAAUUCAUUUAUAUUAGUUACAAAUGAUUAUAUCGAAUUAUGUGAUUGGAUUUGUUUAAGACAUAAAUAUAAUGAAGAAUUAAUUGUUAAAAUUUUACGACAAUUAUUUGAUGCUAUACAUUAUUUACAUUUUCAUGGUAUUAUACAUUUAAAUAUAAAUCCAUCAAGUGUUGUUAAUGAAAAUCGUCUAGCUGUACAUAUUAAAUUAACAGAUUUUAGUUGUGCACAGCAAAUAGCAACUGUUGAAGGACAUAAUAUUAAUAAGAAUAAUUCACAACCAAAUAUAGAAUAUUCAGCACCUGAAGUACUUAAUGAUGAAUCAUGUGGUGUUCAAGCUGAUGUUUGGAGUAUUGGAGCAUUAACUGCUACUCUUUUAAGUGGAUUUUCACCAUUUGCUGGUGAAAAUAUUGAAGAAACAAGUCAAAAUGUUAGUUUUGUACGAUGGAAUACAAAUGAAUUUUAUGAUGAUGUUACACAAGAAGCUGUUAUUUUUGUUCAACAAUGUCUUAAAAAAUCACCCCAAAAUCGAUUAACUAUUCCGGCAUGUAUUGAUCAUAAAUGGCUUUCAUUAGCAAGUGGAGCAACAAAUCGUCGUGAAAGUGCAGUAUUUUUAACUGAAAAACUUCGAAGAUUUGCACAUGAUUUUCGACAACGAUGUCGCGCACAGACUGAAAUACAGCAGGAUACAAUUAUUGAACUAUCAAAACGAUAG